ACAUGGAAUUUUAAAUCUGUAAACUUACUUUAAAAAAAUAAAUCACUCCAAUGUAACUCUGUCCGAAGUAUAGCUUCUUAUAACUUUUUCGAAGGCAUUCCAAAUUAUUCCAUAUUCCUUGAUUCCCUGAGUCAUCAAAAUUUGCAUGACGGCAAAGGGAGGGAGUUGCAGGAUUGGCCGCCGGCAUCCAUAUUUAUUUGUUCGGCUCCAACUUCCAACCUGAUCCGAAAAUCGGAUAGUUAAGGCUUAAUACUUGUUUCCAUGUCAGGGGAGGCGAUAGAGACUAAUGAUGAUGUUGUGGGGAUGCAAGUGUUUCCAUUGGAGCAGUGUCAGCGAUCUACUUCAGCCCCAGUCGGAAUCUUUCUCCCUUCCGGCUCCCCUUCCUGAUUGGCAACAAGGUGGUGGAUUUGCUGAUGGCACGAUCAAAUUAGGAGUACUGGAAGUUAGCCAUGUGACGAAAUUUGAGCUAAUCUGGGGGUGCAACCUGUCUGGGGAUAAGAAAAAGGGGUUUAGUUUUUAUAAGCCAGUGGGAAUACCAGAUGGAUUUUUUAGCCUGGGUCACUAUUGCCAGUCUAAUGAAAAGCCUUUUCGAGGAUUUGUUCUUGUAGCCAGGGAAGUUUUCAACUCUGAGCUAGGGGAUCCUUCAAUAGAUAAUCUGCAUUUGCCAGCUCUGCGGAGCCCUGAGGAUUAUACGUUAGUUUGGAGUUCAGAUGAUGCGAGCGAGGAAAAUUUUGAUGGGUGCGGUUACUUCUGGCUGCCUCAGCCAUACGAGGGUUAUAAAGCUUUGGGAUUUGUGGUAACAAACAAGCCAGAAAAGCCUAAGUUGGAGGAGUUGAAAUGCGUUCGUGCAGAUCUUACUGAUGAAUGUGAAGUGUACAACCUGUUGGUGCACACUGCCUCUAAAUUUUCACAAGUUCCAUUUGGAGUCUGGAGCACAAGACCCCGGCAUAGGGGAAUGCUUGGUAAAGGAGUCUCAACCGGUUCAUUUUUCUGCAGCAGCUACUGGAGCCACGGCGAAGAACUAGAUAUUGUGUGCUUGAAGAACCUGGAUUGCAGCCUACAUGCAAUGCCAAAUGUUGAUCAGAUACAUGCGCUCAUUAGGCACUAUGGACCUACAAUCUUUUUUCAUCCUGAAGAGGUCUAUUUGCCAUCUUCAGUCUCGUGGUUCUUCAGAAAUGGAGCUUUGUUGUACAAAAGAGGUGAGUCUAGCGGUCAAGCGAUUGAUGCCAGCGGAACCAAUUUGCCUGCUGGUGGCUCGAAUGAUGGAGAGUAUUGGAUAGAUUUGCCACGUGAUUCCGGAAGGGAGAGUGUCCGGUACGGAAACCUGGAAAGUGCAAAACUCUAUGUUCAUAUGAAGCCAGCCAUAGGUGGAACUUUCACUGAUAUUGCAAUGUGGGUUUUUUGUCCCUUCAAUGGGCCUGCAAUUUUGAAGGUAGGGUUAAUGAACAUUGCUCUGAGCAAAAUCGGUCAGCAUGUCUGUGACUGGGAGCACUUUACCCUGCGAUUGAGCAACUUCACAGGAGAGCUCUGGAGCGUAUACUUCUCCCAGCAUAGUGGUGGAAAAUGGGUUGAUGCUUCGGAUCUGGAAUUUAUUGAGGGAAACAAAGCUAUCAUUUAUUCUUCGAAAAGUGGUCAUGCUAGCUUUCCUCAUCCUGGGAUUUACAUUCAGGGAUCCUCAGGAUUUGGGAUUGGUAUAAGAAAUGAUGCCGCUCGUAGCGAUUCCUAUGUGGAUUCAAGUAAGCAGUAUGAAAUUAUUGCAGCUGAGUAUCUUGGAGAUGGAGUUAUUCGUGAGCCAGUUUGGUUACAGUUUAUGAGAAAAUGGGGUCCAACUAUUGUCUAUGAUUCAAGGACUGAGAUGGAUAGAAUCAUCAAGCGUUUGCCUUUGAUGUUUCGUUAUUCAGUUGAAACUGUAUUCACGAAGUUUCCCAUGGAGUUGUCUGGUGAGGAAGGCCCUACCGGGCCAAAGGAGAAAAAUUACUGGAUUGGGGAUGAAAGAAGUUAGGUUCACAUUGACCUCAGUUUGUUAAUUGGCUUCACUACUGUUAUUAAAUAAGCACUAGUUCAUGUCUAAUCUACGAAAACAGAAGGUCAGGAUCGCAGGGAUGAAGCCUGUGUCUGACGGUGCAAAUAAAGCAUUGUGUUUGUUU